UAUUAGUUAUUAUCAUAGUAAAAGGAGAUAAUAUAAUUAUUAUAAUUUACUAUUUAGUAUUUGCCCAUAUUAAUGUGUAUUGUACUAUUGUCUCUUAUUUUUUUGGUGUGCGCAAAGCAACUAACCGUUGUUGAAAGUCCGACCUUUUUUUUAUACUGUGGUUUCUUGGCAAUUAUUUCACGCACUGUUCUCUAUACUUAGGCACGUUUCUGCUGUGUACACAAUUGUUGUCACUUCGAUUGAUGUUUUGAAGUUCCGCUAGUCACUACCUACCUAUAAUCAGAGAUGUCGAACACCAACGUCAACGUUAGUUUUGCUUGCCAGCGGUGUUUCGAACCAAUCCGUUUGGAUAGCUCAUUCAACAGCAUCAGUGAACACACAAUUGCUGAAUUAUCAUUGCCAAUUGUCACAUGUCCAGAAGUUGAUCUUGAGUCUCAGGCAAAACACAUUGAUCAUAUGAUACCCGGUUUUCACUUGAACGAUUCGUCCAGUGGAAAUAAUGGUUUCACAUUGUUGGGCGAAGGGGAGACGCCGACACUUAGCCAUCAAAUGAAAGUGGCUGCCAACCUUUUCGAUAUCGUGUCUGGAAAUUCAAAGAUAAACCAUCCACUGUGUGAUGAGUGCACCGAUGUAUUGAUGGACAUGAUGGAAGAGGAGCUACAACAGGCUGAAGCGGACUAUGUAGAUUACAGCAAUUACUUGAAAGAACUUUCCACUGAAGAACCAGAAGACAUGGAUGCACUGAACAAAGAGUUGGAAGACUUGUUAAAAGAAGAGAAAAAGUUGAUGGGUGAACUAGCAAACUUGCAAGACACUGAAAACGCAUUAGAUUGUGAUAUAAAGGAAGCAGAGAAAGAAAAAGAAAGAUUAAUUAAAGAAGAGGAGCGGUAUUGGAAAGAAUACAGUAAACACCGAAGGGAUUGUAUCCUCAUAGAAGAUAAACAAAAAAGCGUUGAAUGUCAAAUAAUUUAUACCACUUCACAAUUGGCCAAGCUAAGAAAAACAAAUGUAUUUAAUGCAACCUUUCACAUAUGGCAUCAUGGUCAUUUUGGGACUAUUAACAAAUUACGAUUGGGUAGAUUGCCAUCAGCUCCAGUGGAUUGGGCGGAAAUAAAUGCAGCCUGGGGUCAAGUCACGUUGCUGUUGGUAUCAUUAGCUAGAUAUAUGAAUUUGAAAUUUGAAAAAUAUCGUCUUGUACCUUAUGGAAAUCAUUCUUAUGUUGAAGUGUUAGGGGAAAAAAAGACAUUGCCACUGUAUGGCCAAGGUGGCAUACGUUUUGUCUGGAACACAAAAUUUGAUUUGGCUAUGGUUGCAUUUUUAGACUGCCUCCAGCAAUUCAAAGAAGAAGUUGAGAAAGGUAAUUCUGGAUUCCAUUUACCUUAUCGAAUGGAAAAAGGAAAGAUUGAAGAUUCAGCGACUGGCAAUACAUACAAUAUUCGAAUACAAUUGAAUUCCGAAGAAGGUUGGACUAAAGCUCUAAAGUUUAUGCUUACCAAUUUAAAAUGGGGCUUAGGUUGGGUAUCUGCUAAAAUAAACCACGAAAUGUAAAUAAAAAAUAAAUAAAUAAUGAAUUUGAAUUUGAAAAAUAAUAUAGGUAAUUUGUAUUUUAUAAUUUUUAUAUAAAUGUAUAACUUAUUAAUUAAUAUUAAAUCAACAAUGCAAUUGGUUUAAAUUUAAUUGUUCAAAACAAUUUUGUUUGUCAAAAACCACAUUAAGCCAAAAAGAAAACUAGAUGACCCAUUUAAAACUUCUGAUUGAGUGAUUAUAUCUCUGAUUUGUGGUAUAGUGUAUUCUACGACUUCAAUAUCUUCUCCUUCGUGCGCAAGACCUCCUCCUUCAGAAAUUUUCAUUUGAUCAGUUACUUCGGUGUAAAAAAAUGUCAUAAUGGAACCAGCUGUACUUAAUGCAGCUCUAAAAAUAAAAAACACAAUUCAAUAAUUUAUUUUUCAAUUCUUAUUGUUUUUAAUACAUAAUUAACAUUAUUAAGUUAUAGUGUACAGUAUAAAUUAUAUAUUUUAUAAAAUAUUAAUUGAUUACAUAGAAAAUAAGUUUCCCUAAUGGUAUGUUUUUAAAAUCAAUAUAAUGUAACUCAUUUUUUUUUUUUAUAUUUGUUUUUUUUUUCACAAGUAAUUAACUAUUAAGUCCAAGAGUAUUUUUAUAAAUGUGAAUUUAUUGUAGGGUUUGUAUGAACAAUUUUACAAUAAAUGUAUAUUAGCUGUAGCUAACUGUAUAAUCGAUGUACAUCAUAUUUUUUUUAAAUUAUAUACAAAAUUGGAUCAA